AUGGUCAUGGAGGCGAAGCUACCUGAUUCGUCAGAGGAGGCUGAUAGUUGGGGUGUUGAGAUUGAUUAUGAUGCCCAAUUCAACGACUCUGAUGUUCGUAAUGGUAUUGUGACAUGUGCAGCACUCUCCCUCGAUGGUCAUCAUAUAGCUCUCGGUUUUGGUAGUGGUGUCAUCGAGCUUGCCGAUAUCGACCAUCAGUGCACGAUUUCCCGAUUCCAGCUCGAUCCACCCAACCAUCCAGUCUGGAUUGAAUUUGUCCACGGCAGCCACCGGGUUGCUGCUGAGGACAAUGAAGGGAACGUCACCAUCCUUAGCCAUGAUACGACCCCCAUUAAUCUUGGGACUCUUCCCAAUGGUCCUCUUCCUGCUGUAACUCGAGUAUCAGACAAUGGAUUAUUUAUCAUACGGGUUCCACGGGACACUGAUAACUCUUGGUACGACAACAUGACUCUCAUAUCCAUUUUGGGCGACCCACACAUGCAGCUCCUUGCUUCUCCUCCCGAGUCCGACUCUCUUGCCAUUAUUCACCGCCACAAGCCUGCUAUUCCUCAUCGUCGCACGCUUGGAUUUUCUCCGGGAGCACGUUUUAUUGGCGCUUUUGAUGGGCUCAGUGCUUUCACCUGGUCGACAGAUUUGGGUGAGCUCAUUGCGCGUUAUUGUGUGACGGAUUUCAAAUUUUGGAUUAUGAAUCCCGCUGUUCCCCUUGCCUGCUCUUACCACAUCCCUGAUCCUGUAUCUCCUCAACCUACCCUUUCCUCGGGAAAACAUGGAGUGACAGAUAGCCAUCAAAGUUCCAAAACAGAUGCGGUGGAUAACUUGGAUGAGUCCUGGAUCAAGUGUCCAUUUUAUGUUAUCUCACAAAGCACGAAGGAGGAGGAGAGGGGACGAACCCCACUGUUCGGAACCGGUAUAAAACGCACUGGGCUACCAAUGUUCUUCAAUGGAAAAUUAGAAUUCGUUAUUCCCAAGGAGUAUCGACCAGUUGUUUCUUCUCAUGCCAAAGGUCUAGGCGCUUGGUAUGGUGAUCGAGUGCCGUCUGAUCCUAUCUUUUUGUACAGCCCUCGGUCCAGCCAAGAUGGGACUCGAAUUCUCUUCCAAGGCUGGCAGACAGCUCCAAUUGUUGUUGAUCUUAGCCAAGUCAUUUAG